UCCUCAUUAUCUUUGACUUUGAUUAAACCACCCCAAUGCUCCUCGAUUUGAUACACUCCUUAAACUUACUUACCAACCAAAGUAAGAGUUUAGACCAAGUUUGGCUAUCAAUCAGUGCUACCUUAUAUUACAAAACCAAUCACAACACGACAACAUCUCUUUCUCACACACCAGAGAAGCCAAUUAAGUGUUCAAUAUUAAGUGCCUCAAACAUCAAAGAAACAAAAAAGAAAGGCAUAGAAUUGAAUUCCAGAGAGAGUCAUGAAAACAAGCACUACUACAACUACAACCAUAUUAGCCAUAGCCACCUCUUACUUGUUUCUUCUGAUCACGCCAACCCAAAAAUCCACGUACCACUCUCUCUUCAUAUCCGAUUCCCUAUCAGACAAUGCCUCCAUAUAUAACCACCUUAAAACUCUCACCCGCAGACCCCAUGUCGCAGGUUCCAAAGCCAACGCUGAAGCUGCCUCAUACGUUGUCUCAGUCUUCACCUCCUCAUACAUACCAUCACACAUAGUUUCCUACGAGGUUUCUCUCACGUACCCUUUGUCACGUUCGUUGGUUCUAAUAACGAACCCUUCUACAACCUUCACUCUCCACCAAGAAACCUACGAGGGUGAUCCUUAUGCUGACGUGGCAGAUGAGGUUGUCCCCACUUUCCACGCGUAUGCCAAGUCAGGCACUGUGGCUGCUCCUGUGUGUUAUGUGAACUAUGGAAGAGUGGAGGACUAUUUGACUCUGAAGGAUAAAAAUGGUGUGAAUGUUUCAGGCACUGUUGUGUUGGCAAGGCAUGGGAAGAUAUAUAGAGGGGACAUUGUGAAGAAUGCUUAUGAGGAAGGUGCUGUUGGGGUGGUGAUAUAUUCAGAUAGGAAGGACUAUGGUGGUGAGGAAAAGUGGUUUCCUGAUGAGAAGUGGUUGCCACCAAGUGGGGUUCAGGUGGGGACAGUGUAUGGUGGGUUAGGGGACCCCACAACUCCUGGUUGGGCAAGUAGUAGUAGUGGUGAUGGAGAGUGUGAGAGGUUGAACAAGGAUGAGGUGGAGAAGGGAGGUGAUGUUCCUCUCAUACCUUCAUUGCCUGUGUCAGCUGCUGAUGGGGAGAAGAUAAUGAGGUCAAUUGGUGGACCAGUUGCUGAGGAUGAUUGGCAGGGAAGCAAGGAUGCCCCUAUUUACAGGCUUGGACCAGGACCAGGAAUUCUCAACCUUAGUUACAAGGGGCAGGAUGUUAUAGCCACAAUUCAAAAUGUUAUUGGUGUGAUUGAAGGGGCAGAAGAGCCUGACCGAUUUGUCAUACUAGGUAACCAUAGGGAUGCAUGGACAUUUGGAGCGGUUGAUCCCAAUAGUGGCACUGCAGCACUGCUUGAGGUGGCUCAAAGGCUAGGGAAGCUUCAGAAAAAAGGGUGGAGACCUAGAAGAACAAUUUUAUUAUGUAAUUGGGAUGCUGAGGAAUAUGGCCUUAUAGGAUCAACUGAAUGGGUAGAAGAGAACAGAGAAAUUCUUGCUUCAAAGGCAGUUGCUUACUUGAAUGCUGAUUGUGUAGUAGGUGGACCAGGGUUCAAUGUCCGUGCCACUCCACAGUUAGAUGAAUUGAUCAAAAGAGCAACUCAGGAGGUCAAAGACCCUGAUAACUCAUCACAGAGCAUUUAUGAAUCUUGGACUAGUUCUGGUAGUUCUCCUCUGUUUGGGAGGUUAGGAGGUGGAGGAUCAGACUAUGCAUCUUUCUUGCAGCAUGUGGGAAUCCCGGCUGCUGACAUAGCCUUUGGAGGAGAUGUUGCAGGAUACCCGGUAUACCACUCACUCUAUGAUGACUUCGUCUGGAUGGAAAAAUUCGGCGAUCCUAUGUUUCAAAGGCAUGUUGCAGCUGCAAGUGUUUGGGGUCUGGUAGCACUUUGGUUAGCAGAUGAGGAAUUCCUACCUUUUGAUUAUCUAUCUUAUGCCAAGGAGCUCCAGCUUAGCGUGGAGAAUCUGGAGGAUGAGAUUUCAAAUAAAGACAUAAAUUUGUCACCUAUAUUCAAGUCCAUCAAGGGGCUUGAGAAAGCAGCAAUCAAGAUAGAUAGCCAGAGAAAGGAAAUAGAAGCUGGUAAAGGUUGGAUAACAGGGAAGAAGGACCACUUGAGAGUGAGAGAGCUGAAUGAUAGAUUGAUGAUGGCUGAGCGUGCAUUCACUGACAGAGAUGGCCUCUUUGGAAUGUCAUGGUAUAAGCAUUUGAUUUAUGGACCAUCAAAACAUAAUGACUACGGCUCUCAAUCUUUCCCUGGAAUCGAUGAUGCUGUUAAAAUGGCCAAAAAUCUACAUACUGCAGAAUCGUGGCAUCGUGUACAGCACGAAGUUUGGAGAGUCUCAAGAGUCAUCAAACAAGCCUCGCUAGUUUUAUUCGGUCUACUAUCAUGAAUAUCAAUUUAGUUGUAUAUUUCGAUUCAUGGUAAAUUAUAUCUCCGUAAGAAUAAAUAUGUAUAUAUGUGUGAUGA